UAUAAAUACCCACACUCCAUCAACAUUCUUUUCACCAGAAUCCUCAUACACUUUCUUUCACUGUACCAUCAGUUUUUUGUGUUGCAUAUUUUUUCUCAAAGUUUUCAAGUUUUUUCUAUAAGAGAUGACUAUUCUCAUUGAGCAGCCUCAAGUUCCUACCGGAAUUGAUCAUCAAGUUGAUGAUAUUCAUAUGAAGAAUGAUACAUCCAAUGAAUUGGUCUUGGAUGGUGGCUUCUUGAUGCCUGAAAGUAAUGCGUUCGGCCAAACUUUCAGGGAUUAUGAUGCUGAAAGCGAGCGAAAGGACAGCGUAGAAGAAUUCUAUCGUAUGCAGCACAUUAACCAAUCAUACGAUUUCGUGAAAACAAUGAGAGAAAAAUAUGGGAAAUUGGAUAGAGUAGAAAUGAGUAUUUGGGAAUGUUGUGAACUUCUCAAUGAAUUUGUGGAUGAGAGUGAUCCUGAUUUGGAUGAACCUCAAAUUGAACACUUGCUACAAACUGCAGAAGCGAUUCGACGAGACUAUCCUGACGAAGAUUGGUUGCAUCUAACUGGCCUUAUUCAUGAUUUGGGUAAGGUUCUUCUUCAUGAAAAAUUCGGUGGACUUCCUCAAUGGGCUGUUGUUGGUGAUACAUUCCCUGUUGGUUGCGCUUUCGACGAAUCCAACAUUCAUUUCAAGUACUUCAAGGACAAUGAGGAUUACAGUAACUCAACUUACAGCAGUAAAAAUGGGAUUUACACAGAGGGUUGCGGUCUGAACAAUGUUAUGAUGUCCUGGGGACACGAUGACUAUAUGUACUUGGUAGCCAAAGAAAACAAGACUACUCUACCAUCUGCUGCAUUAUUUAUUAUUCGAUACCAUUCUUUUUACCCUUUACAUAGAUGUGGAGCAUAUAAACAUUUCAUGAACGAAGAGGACCACGAAAAUCUUAAAUGGCUCAAUGUAUUCAACAAAUAUGAUCUUUACAGCAAAAGCAAAGUCAGAGUUGAUGUCGAGAAAGUCAAGCCAUAUUAUCUAUCUCUCAUCGAAAAGUAUUUCCCCUCAAAGCUAAGAUGGUGAAGUUGUCCUAACACAUCCAUCAAGCCGGAGAAGCCGAUUUCACAGGAGAAUUACUUGAAUAACAAUAAUGUUGAUGUUUGUAAAAGGCCAUGGUCGAUGAGGAUGCAUUGUCUUUUGAUUAAGAGCUAUAUACAAAUGUAUACAUAUGUAACCCGAAUCUCUCAUAGAGAUGUGAAUCUCUUCGUAGAGAUAUUUAUUGGGAAAGGAUAAAUCAAUAAUAAGUUUUAAAUUUUAAAUUCGUUUCACAAA